AUGACCCUGUUAUCAGAGGACCAGUCUGUAAGGCCCCAACCCUGCCGGCUCCCGGAGCCUGGCAAAGACGUUAACACUUCCCUGCUCCAGCACUCAACAGACUACACUGGCUCCAAAGAGGACUACAUGGAGAGCGGGGAGAGCACCGUGUUCGGAGCCGUGGAGCCCCCCAGACGCUCGCGGGGUCGACUUAUCCUCCACGGUUUGGUUAUGUUUGGAAGGGAAUUCUGCUACGCCGUGGAGGCAGCGUUCGUCACACCAGUGCUCCUGAGCGUGGGCCUCCCCCGCAGCCUGUACAGUCUGGUGUGGCUCAUCAGCCCCAUCCUGGGCUUCCUGCUCCAGCCCAUCAUCGGCUCGGCCAGCGACUUCUGCCGCUCAUCGUGGGGCCGGCGGAGGCCUUACAUCCUGGUCCUGGGCAUCCUCAUGCUGAUAGGACUCACGCUGUUCCUUAACGGAGAUGCAGUCAUCUCAGCGCUAGUCACUGACAGGUCACUGAGGAGUACGUGGGCCAUCGUGGUGGUGAUGUUGGGAGUCGUGCUGUUCGACUUUGCUGCAGACUUCAUCGACGGGCCCAUCAAGGCCUACCUGUUUGAUGUGUGUUCACAUCAAGACAAGGAGAGAGGGCUGCACUACCACGCUCUGCUCACAGGGCUGGGCGGAGCGUGUGGUUACCUGGUGGGAGCUAUGGACUGGGGUCACUCUGUGUUGGGUCGGCUGCUGGGCUCCGAGUACCAAGUCAUCUACUUCUUCUCAGCGCUGACCUGGGGCAUCUUCCUCACCGUGCACCUCUUCAGUAUCCCUGAGCAACCUCUGGCCAAGGACCCAUCUGCCUCUGACUCCUCAUCUGCAAGUGCCCUCCGCCUACUGGGCUCCCACAGCAAUGGUUACGGAGCACUGGUUAAGGAGCCCGUCUCUCCCACAGUCACAGCAUCGCUUACAGACCUCAGGCCGAGGUCAUUCUCAGCGCUGGGGGAGGCAAACUCUGUGACCUCCAGCGCCAAGCAGCCAAACAAGGAGGCACAGAAGAGGAUGACAUUCAGGUCGCUGAUGAAAGCCAUCGUUGACAUGCCGAGCCACUACCGCUGCCUGUGUGUCAGCCACCUGCUGGGAUGGACAGCUUUCCUCUGCAAUAUGCUCUUCUUCACCGAUUUCAUGGGACAGAUUGUAUACAGGGGAAAUCCGUACGCAGACCACAACUCUACAGCCUAUGCCAUAUAUGAGAGAGGAGUAGAAGUCGGCUGCUGGGGGCUGUGCAUUAACGCCGUGUCCUCCGCGCUCUACUCGUAUGUGCAGCGCUUCCUCUUACCAUACAUCGGCCUGAAGGGAUUAUACUUUAUGGGCUACUUUGUGUUUGGCAUGGGCACCAGCCUGAUCGGCCUCUUUCCCAACGUCAUCGCCACCCUGAUCCUCUGCAGCGUGUUCGGUGUCAUGUCCAGCACGCUCUACACCAUCCCGUUCAACCUGAUAGCCGAGUAUCAGCGUGAAGAAGAGGAACAACUGAAGCUUCAAGGAAGCAAUAAAAGUCCUCGUGGCACCGGGAUGGACUGUGCUGCGCUCACCUGCAUGGUCCAGCUGGCUCAGAUCAUCGUGGGCGCUGGGCUCGGAGCGCUGGUCAACGCAGCGGGGAGUGUAAUCGUGGUGGUCCUCUCAGCCUCGACAAUGUCCCUGUUUGGCUGCAUCUUCAUCGCCCUCUUCAUCAGAUACGUGGAAUGAAUUCUGCUUAUAUAAAAUUAUUUUAAUGAUAUUGUUUUAAUAAAUAAAGAUUGUCUAAAAUCUC